GUUGAGAGAUUUAAUCUUGUGCCUGCUUAAGGAAAUUUUGCCACUGAUGGAUGGGCCUUCAUUUUGAGCGAUCAAAAUUCACGAAGAAGCAGAUACACAUUUUCCAUUGAUGAUCUAUCUUUAUAUGGCUUGGAUUACUUAAAAAGGUUCCUUCCUUUGAGGGGAAAUUGCUUGUGAAACAAAAUUCUUCAAGCAAUUAUGGCUGAAACAGGAGUAUUGGAAUGAACGUUCAUUCAACAGGUUUCAGAUUCAGAAAGAAUUUUUUUCCCUCCCAAUCAAACUAUUCUGAAAUGCAGGAAGCAAGAGGAAAUUUCACCAGAAAUUGAAUUAAAAAUGCUAAAAGAGAAUAAAUUGUUUUGUAAGAGUGCCAUGAUGUUUCACACAUUGGAACAUGGGCAAUCUAAUGCUAACAUGACUCAUCGACGCAGAAAUCGAACAAGAAAAUUUAAUUUUAAUAUGUCUUGGUAUGGGACCUUGUAUAAACGAAUAAAAGGAUCUCAAAAAACAUGGAGUCUUUAUCAUAAUCCACUGCAUGAUCCAGAGAACAUUUUCUUGAGCUUCUCCAAUCCAAACUACCAAUUUGAAGACCAACUUAAAAUGAAAUCCAGUAAAAUGAACAAAGACGUAAACAUCUAUGAUGAAGUUGAUGUGACCACCAUAUCCCUGCUAGACAAUAAAUCUGCUUCAGAGAAAUACUCCAACAAAAGUGAGAAACAGAGACUUUUGGCUGAAUUGUCAGCUGACAGUUCAUCCGAGGAUGAAGAUGGCAGUGAAAAGAAGGACUUAAAACAAAACACGUGGAAAAACGAGAAAAAUCUGAUGCAGAAAGGGGACAGGAAUUCACACGUGGAGAACACAAACUCCGGCAAGAAAUCCACAGGAUUCCUGGACUAUUACUCCAUGCUGGAAAGCAAAGCCAAGGAAAAGUCCCAAUCCAUCUCAUCCGACCUGGAUCUGGAAUUGGAGUGGAGUGGGAUCACGUCUCCGGUCAGCCAGGCCAAAGUCAAGUUUGAUAUUAAUUCCCCAGACAGUGGUAUCCAUUCCGAUGCAAGAUCUGAUGAUGGGUCACAUGUCCAUGGACCUGUUAAUGAUGAUGUUUACUCAGUGGUCAAUAAGUCCUCGGAGCAGGAAGGGUCAGAAGAAACCACACCCACAGGGGACGCUCCAGAGAAAGUGGUGCUGCCCGCAGGGUGGGAGAAAUGUGAGGAUGAGGAGGGGGCGUAUUACUGGCACAUAAAGAGUGGGACCAUCCAGAGGGAGCCACCAUCACCGGCACCACCCGACGUCAAACAGACCACACUCAGGUCACUGAGUGUUAAGAGUAAUUCAAGUUCUGGCUCUACCAAUGGAUCAGUCCCCUCCAGUCCCUCUAGUGUAUCCUCCAAUACAGAGGACCCACUCAAGGCUUUUGAAGGUCAUGCCCUACAGUAUGCUGCAAAAUCACUGCAAAACAUUUCCACAAAGCAGGAGGUACAACCAGAACAAAAGAAAACUGACCCCCAUGAGAAGCCAGUGCGGUUUGCGGUUCAGUCACUCGGUUGGGUCCGGAUAGCGGAGGAAGAUUUGACGCCAGAGAGAAGUAGCCGAGCCGUCAAUAAAUGUAUCGUCGAUUUGUCAUUUGGCAGGAAUGAUAUCAAUGACGUGGUCGGCCGUUGGGGAGAUGGUAAGGAUCUGUACAUGGACCUAGACAAAGACAGUCUGAGGUUGGUGGACACCCAGGAUUUCACCACCCUGAACUCACAGCCCAUACAGUCCAUCAGGGUCUGGGGGGUGGGCAGGGACAAUGGGCGAGAUUUUGCCUACGUUGCUCGUGAUAAGACAACAAGGAAACAUAUGUGUCACGUGUUUCGCUGCGACACCCCAGCGCGACACAUUGCCAACACUCUGAGAGACAUCUGUAAAAAGAUCAUGUUGGAGCGGCACUUAGAACAGAAUGCAGUGGUUCAGCGACUUAGUCGUCCCACUGACCUCCCUAACCUGGACAAAGCUAAUGGACAGACAAACGGACAAAAGCUGUCCUUCCAGAGCCUCUACAGCAGUAUUUCCUUUCCUACCCCAAUGGAGGAACCUAAGAAAAUUAUCCGCUGCCACUAUCUUGGGAUGGAAAUGGUCUCAAAGCCUACAGGGACUGAUGUUCUAAACAAUGCCAUUGAGUCUCUGUACAGUCGGAUCCCACCUGAGAAAUGGAUCUUUGUUGACGUAGCAAUAGCACCCUCCACUCUCACCAUCACAGAACAUGGGAAGCCAGAAAACAGAGUAGAUGAUUGUCGCAUCAGAUAUCUGUCAUUUAUGGGAAUAGCCAUGGAGAAUGCUAAAUUGGGAGGUUUCAUCAUACAUGGGGCUGAGGACCAGUUUUAUGCUCACGUGUUCCACUGUGAGCCGUCAGCGGGACCUCUGUGUAAAACGAUAGAGGCAGCUUGUAAGCUACGGUUCCAGAAAUAUUUAGAUGCACAUGGAAUUCAGACUCCAACUCCGACACAGAAAAACAAGUUGGAGAAUAUAGGGGCAACCUUCAAAGCCGGGGUGAAGGCCAGUGCGGAGGGGGUACAGUCGGGGGUCAAGGCCAGUCUCCAUGGAGUUCAGUCUGUGUUCAGUUUACUUAAAAGUAAAGUCAAAUCUGACCCCACGUGAUGAGCUUUAUCACAUGUGUAGUUUUGGUGCUUGCUUUCGACACAGUGUUCAGAGCUUUGUGGAGAACUUGAAGUCCCCUGUCAAAUAAGUCUUAAAGCAAGAAAUUGUUUCCAGCAGGAUGCUUACAAAGAAGACAACAUAUGCUGAUCUACAACUUGUAACUUAUAGCUACAUUAGAACUGUUGUAUUUGAUGGUGUUCAUUGAAAGGAAUAAGUCCAGCAUUAUAAAUUAUAUUGUGUAAGGUGAUAUGCAAACAGUCUGUACUAGCUUGUGAAUAUUUUAUAGUGGUCUCUGAAUAGAAGACUCUAAAACUUAGUUUUUGGAUACAGUAUUUACCAAUGAAUCUCCUUUUUUCCAGUUGAUUUUUUUUUUUAUUAUUAAAAAUCUGAGUGUUGCUUGGGAUAUAAAGAUGAGCAAGUAAUUAUGAAAAUCUUAAAUCAAGCUGGAAUCCUGAAAUGAUUGACAAUGAAGAAAAGCUUCCUAUGAAAAUAUACUGAUGCUGCAUUCCACAUUUUUGUAAUUGCAUGUAAAAGUUUCUAUUACUUCUUGUAAGCUUUAAUUUUGUAUGAUAUUUUUAUACAUGUAAAUGUCUGCCAAAUCUCUGUUUUGUUAAUGGUUGAAUUUUAUACUGUAAAUUUUUAUAGCCUCUGGUUUGAUUUUUUUUUCAGUCCUUGCCUUUGUUAUCAAGCAGGUAUAUUUUUAUAUAGCUGUAUUAUUUUGUUUUUAAAAGUUAUAAAAGCCACCAUUGAAAAGGGUAUUUUCAUUGUUUUGCAAAACUUGAUUGAGGACCAGUUAAAUAUUAGCUAAUGUGAUAUUGGUAUGGGCAUUUGUACUUAGUUGUAUGCUAUGUAUACAAGUUCAUUUUAUUUCUUCCAUUGUGUUUAAAUAUGUACAUGGUCUAUACAUAGGAUUAAUUCGUUUGUAGAAUGCUAUUUAAUACAUUUAAUUAAUUAUGAGUUGAUUUACUGCUAACAUGCUUAAUUUUUAUACUUAUGCCACCUUAUAUACUCACUGAUUUUUUUUUAUCCUGAUGUUGCUUUUACCAAUGAUUUGCCAUAUUGUUGUUUUCCGAUUUAUACCCAUGUGCAAUAUCAAGUGUUUUCAGGUGUAGAGGCCAUUUUACAGCAUAUGAACACUAAUUGUAACAGUUUUAAUCAUUGAUUUGUGUAAUGUCUUGUUUUUCUGAAAUACGUAUCUUUUAGUACAUUUCUGUGAAUACGUCUGUGAUGAGAAACUUAGAGUUUUCAAUAGACUUGAAUUGCAUGUGAGUUAUUUCCCUUUGGCCACCAAAUUGGAGUUACCAUGCUCCCAGGUUAUAAAUAAAAUGUCAUACAGUUCACUAGGGCAUAGAAAAGACUUUUUCAGAGAAAUUUGCCUUAACUGAAGCCUCCAUUAAUUCAUGAUUUUUUAUUUGAAAAGGGUUUAAUAAUAAAUUCCUGCUGACCUGCUUCAUGUUUUGAAUUUGAUUUUUAAAAAAAAUUCUCACUUUGACCUCAUACAAUGGAAGUGCUGGCUAAGGGGAAUAAUUCCAACAGAUAUAUCUGUACAUAUGUAUAAUUGCUUGAUUUUUUUCGAAGAAAAAUUUCAUUGGAAUAGUUAUUGAAAAAUUCUUUUAAAAAAUCCUAGUUCCAUUUUCUAAGGAUUUGGUAAUCUAGUUGCCAUUCUUUAAAUCUCGGUAAAACUUGGUUUUAGUGAAGUCCUAGGGACCUAUGGAGUGACUUAAAUCUAGUGAAUUGUCAAUGUAUUUUCUUUCAAGUAUGACUACUGAAUAUGUUAAUAGAAGUAUUCAAUGCAAAACUGGCAAACCUAAGUAAUCUAAUGAUUUAAAUUUUCAAUGUAAAUACCUACAAAAAAAUUUAUGUCAAAUAUGUAUUUUAAGUUUUGAGGUUGAUAGUUUGUUAUGAAAGUUGCUGUAAACCUUUCAUCAUAACUGUAAAGUUUUACAAAGAAUAGUUAUUAGAAAUUUGCCAGGGAUCCCAAAAGCUAUGCUUUAUCCAUAAAUCCUCUAUAUCUGUGAAUAUGCUAUAUCCAUGUUUCUACUAAAUUUUUACUGUAGAGGUUGUUGCCAUUUUCCCAUUCAAUGACACUGUUGUGUAACAAGGUUGUGUUUUAUUAUUUAUAAUGGUAUCUAUUAAUGACUAGAAAAUCAAAAUACUACUGUUAUUAUUAAGAUUUGUUUUCAUUUUUAGAAUUUAUACUGUUGUUGUUUCUUAAUAAUGAGUUGUUUUUUUUAAUUUGCAACCAGUUUUUCUUAGAUUUUAUGCAAAGUAAUGCUAUCUCAUGUUGGUUAGAAUGUAUGUAUAAGUACUGAAUGGAUGUGUCAUUCAGCAUAAAUUGUAUUCCCAUCUGUAAUUCUUACACAUUUAUCCUAUGUAUCCUAAAAACUAAGUUUUGCUAAAGUAUUUUUGACUGGAAUUUGAACGUUUUGAAAACCUCUUCUCAACCAUCAAACAUUAGGAAAAAUUUUAACAUUUUCCAGUGAGACUUCACAUUUAAAAUUUGUAUAAAUAAUCAAAUAUAUUGGCGUGGGUGAUCAUUGUUAACUUAUACAUGUAUACAUAAAUUACUAAAUCAGAUGUUAUUGUAUGUUAAUCUUUUACUUUUUCUUUUAGCAUAAUAGAAAUUGUCUACAAAGUUUAGUCCAUAAAUGAAGAUUGUUUGUAUAUACAUACUUGUACAUGUACAAUAUGUACUACAAUUAUUAUUAAUGCAUAUUAUUCUUAUUUUCCAAGUUAAUCUUUUGGACUUUUAACUUAGGAGUAAAAAUGUUCCUUUCUUCAAACUGUUUGUAAUUCUGUAUGUAAUCAAAUUAUUUUGGCUUGUCAUUUACAAUGUAUGUUAUAUUGUGAGUGUGAUGAUAGACAAGGAUAUAAGGUAAAGGCAAAUCUUUUUAUUAAGGACUCCAAUAAACUGCACGCUUCAUUA